AUGUACGAUAAGAAGACAGGCAGUGAGAAAGGACCAAAGUUGAAUGGAUUGGAAAAGGUCAACAUUCAGCGGCUGGUUACGAGCAAAUCGCAGUGUAUUCUCCUCUGUCCAGUCUGUCGCAUUUUCACCGUCAGUGUGAACGCCUACUACUCUCACAUUAAGGGCGUUAAGCACAAGCGGGAGGUACAGUUGCGCGAAGAAAAAGACCUUCCGGCGUUGAGCAUCGUUCCAGAGUUUGUCAACACUAAUGUCGUUCCGCAGCUGAGAGAAGCGGUGAUCGAGGAGAUUACCCUCUUUGAAUCGAAGAUGAAAAUGGACCCUGACAAGUGGGCUGAAGAGCAGGCAAACAGGCCCGGUCCGGGACCUUCGAAGGCCGCCGAGAAGCUCGAUGAUAUGGACGCUUUUCAGAAGCCCAUCGGCGUCGAUUUUAUUGAGGAGGUGCUCAAUGAGAGCGGCAAGACGGUGUGCUACAUGUGCACCCUCUGUGAGGUGCGCUUCAACGACGCCAACGCCAAGGACUCGCACCUGAUUGGCCGAAAGCACCGCAUCACCUACAAGAAGAAGAUUGACCCGGCACUGAUCGUCAUGGAGGUGAAGAGUGAUCGGAAGCUGGUGGAGCAGAUGAGGCAGUGGGAGGCUCGUGCCGAGAACAACAUCGACAAUGCCCUCUACUCACAGGAUGUGAACCUGUUUGACGUUAACUGGGCGCAGUUCUUUGAGUGGCACAUUGAAGACCUCCAGGAGGACCUGCAGACCUUGAAGACGCAGCUCACGGCGAAUGACUCCUUCAGUCGGACUGUCUCCGACUGGCUAGUCCACUACCGCUACAACGCCAUCGCUGCGCCCAGGCAGAUGAUGGCCAGCCUCCACGAGGCUGUCUGCAUGGUGGAGGUCGCCUGUCUGAGCGUCGCCGAGGUCAUCAACUCUGCCUUUAUGGGCCUGACACAGGGUGACCUGGAUGAGGAGCGGGCAGAGAAGAGUCAGUCGAUUGACUUGGAGAAGUUUCAACAGAUGGUCGAUUCCAAUGAGUUUAUAGACUGCCUUAGUCAGUACGAGAAGAAGCAGCUUCAGCAGUCGCAGGAAAAACCACUGCCGCCGCCAAUGUUGCGCUCCAAUGUGAUGAAGUUUGUUCGCGUGCGAUCUCUCGGCAAGGGCUUCCUCCUGGCGGAUGAUGACCUCGUCGAUGUAGUGCUCUACUGCAACUUUUUCCCCACCAGCCAACUGAAGACCAUCUACGAGACGGUUCUGGCUGCCUACCUCAACUCAGUACAAUCAAAGUUUACCUUUGAACUGGCGAAGGAGCAGUCUGAGAAGGCUGCUUUUGUGCUUGUGGCCAAGUCCCUCUCGAGUGAGGAGCAGUUUCAGAUGUCCAUCAGGGCCACCUUUACCGCAGGCUUUAUUCGCAAUUGUCACCCACCUCUGGUUAACAGUAAGCUGAGUGAGGGUGUUAAUGAUCUGACUGUGUUAACGUAA